AGAGUUUUGUUGAUAUUCAUUAAGUUUUGCUUGAUUUUUAACAUUAUUUUCAUCAUUUUUUUGCGAGGAUGUUUUGUUUUAAAUGCUUUUAAGUAAAUGUUUUGUGCAAGAAAGUUGUGAUUAUGAAUUUCUGUUAUUCGUGAUUGUGAUCAGAGGACAACAGAAUCGUCGUCCUGCUGCUGCAGCAACCGGAGAUUGUCCUGCGAAAUGUCUCUGCUUCCGGAGGACUGUCCGGUGCAUGUUCUUGGCCAUGGACAAUGUGCCGAGGGUUCCGUACGAGACGACGAUAUUAGACCUGAGAUUCAACAAUAUCCGCGAAAUCCGUCCAGGAACCUUCUCGCACCUCUCGAGAUUAGGAACCCUAAUGUUGAACAAUAAUAAACUAUCGACCCUGCGUGCUGGUGCAUUUCAAGGGCUGGCCAAUUUGAAGUUCCUGUACUUGUACAAAAAUAGGAUCCACAUGGUGGAACCUGGUGCCUUCAACGGAAUGCCAAAAUUGGAACAACUAUACCUCCAUAGCAAUUUGAUUCACAUGAUUCACGAAGAAACUUUUGCCGGUCUAAGAAAUUUAGAGAGAUUGUUCCUGCACAACAACAAAAUCCAAAGGUUGCCCUCCGGAGCUUUCCAUGGACUUUCGGGGCUUCGGAGGCUCAGGCUGGACAGCAACGCUCUGGUUUGCGAUUGCGAUAUGUUGUGGUUGGUGAAAAUGGUUCACGAUGGUAAAAAGGGUUUGCAAGCGGCCGCAACUUGCAACGCACCCGAAACCAUGGCUGGACGCCAAAUCAACACUAUGACGGUUGACGAUUUCCAUUGUCGAAGGCCAGAAAUUAUGGAAGGUCCAAGAGAUGUAGAAGUGACCUUUGGAGGAUCAGCUGUUUUCACAUGCCGCGCAAGUGGUGACCCGAAACCAAAAAUUGUGUGGAUGAAAGACUCCAAUGAAAUUCCAUUGGAUAAUAACCCUAGAUACCGUCUCCUUGCUGAUGGUUCUCUGAUAAUUGAUUCUCCAAGCGAAACUGAUGCGGGAGAAUACGAAUGUAUGGCCAAAAGUACAGUCGGGGAGGUUAAAAGUAGACCAGCGAGAUUGGUCAGGACCGCCACCAUUACUGCAAAUGUACGUCCACGUUUUAUUUCCGCGCCGAUCAGCCGAACCGUGUCAUCCACUGCGAAGCAGGUUGUCUUCAACUGCGUUGCUUCCGGGACACCAUCACCGGAAAUCAAAUGGACGCAUAAUAAUGUCUAUGUGGAAAAUGAUUCGAAACGAUUUAUCAACGAUAACGGGUCUUUAACCAUCAAGGGGCCUUUAGGCGAAUCCGAUUCUGGAAGUUACAGGUGCGAAGCUUCAAAUCUUCUAGGAAAGAUAUCCACUGUGGCUGAUCUCCAAGUUACAGAGCCUCCGAGAAUAAUUGCUUUUCCCCAAAAUACAACUGUAAAACCAGGAGGACACGCUCUGUUCAGUUGCGUUGCUUCAGGCAAUCCUUUACCAAGGAUUACGUGGUACAAAGAUGAAAGGCCUUUGGCUCCUUCUGCUAGGAUUUACUUUGGUGAUACAAAUACAAGGUUGCACGUUGACCACGCCAAAGAAUCAGAUUCUGGUAUUGUUUCGUGUCAGGCUGUAAAUAAUGAAGGAACAGCAGAAGCCCAGGCGAUAUUGACAGUUGCUUAUCAAACAAAUCCAGCAAUUCCUCCAAAAUUACUAUUUGGUCCUUUCGAUAUGGAAGUAUUUCCUGGAAGCAGUCUCGAACUGCCAUGCAAGGCUGAAGGUGAGCCACGUCCAUCCAUCCAGUGGCGCAGGAAUGAAGCUACGGUGCCGCCAAGCACCCGAUACAGAUUUGCACCAGCAGGUAGCUUGUAUAUAGCCAACGUCACUGUCCAAGACGCCGGAAGAUAUGAAUGUUUUGCUACUAACGAGGCUGGUAGGACAAGCCAGGCUGGUGUGGUGACUGUUAGAGAUGAGACAAAUAUUGCUCCGGGUGAUAGAUUUGUGAGGAUCGCCUUUGCUGAAGCCAGUAGACAAGUCGAUCAAGCUGUUAAUCAGACUGUUGCUGCACUUUUUGGAAACGGGCCUAGAGAUCAAAGCAAACCGCCCCCAGGACCGGCAGAUUUGUUCAGAUUGAUUCGAUUUCCGGACGCGCCAUCUAGAGAACUGGCAAGAGCUGCUGAGGUAUACGAACGAACAUUGGAAAACAUUGCAAAGCAUGUUUCCGAAGGUAAAUCCAUCAACAUGUCAACCAUGGCAAAUUCGUCUGAUAGUCCAAGUUUCAAAUACGAGGAAAUUCUGUCACCUGAACAUUUGGAACUGGUUGCUGAGUUAUCAGGUUGUUUGGCACAUCGCAGGACCAGCAACUGCACCGAUAUGUGCUUCCACUCCAAAUAUCGCACCAUCGACGGCUCCUGCAAUAAUCUAGCACAUCCAAUGUGGGGAGCAUCUUUGACAGGUUUCAGACGUUCUUUGCCAGCCAUAUAUGAAAAUGGGUUCAGCACACCCUUUGGUUGGACCAAAAAUAUGACAUAUGCAGGUGGUCACAAGUUGCCAGGUGCAAGGCAGUUAUCAACAGCUUUGAUUUCUACGGAUGUCAUCACAUCCGAUCACGAGAUCACGCAUAUGGUGAUGCAAUGGGGUCAGUUUUUGGAUCAUGAUCUGGAUCAUGCCAUUCCUUCUGUGAGUUCAGAGAGUUGGGACGGCGUCGACUGUAAGAAAACGUGCGAUUUUGCACCACCUUGCUACCCUAUUGAAGUACCAGCUGAUGAUCCUAGGAUUACAAAUAGAAGGUGUAUUGACUUUACACGUUCGAGCGCCAUUUGUGGUUCUGGAGCAACUUCAGUCUUCUUUAACGGUGUACAACAUCGUGAACAAAUAAAUCAACUUACUUCUUUUAUUGAUGCCUCACAGGUUUAUGGUUUCUCCGAUGAAUUGGCUCAACAGUUAAGAAAUUUGACCAGUGACCGUGGUCUUUUAAGAGAAGGUCUGAUCCAACCGGGACGUCGGGCACUAUUGCCAUUUUCUGGUGGAGAUGAAGGAGUAGAUUGCAGGCGCAAUCUACUAGAGAGCGAUGUCAACUGUUUUGUUGCAGGGGAUAUCAGAGCUAACGAACAGGUUGGCCUUUUGGCUAUGCAUACAGUAUGGAUGCGAGAACAUAACAGAAUUGCCACUGAGCUGAAAUUGUUAAAUUCUCACUGGGACGGAGAUACCAUUUUUCAGGAGACCAGAAAAAUAGUCGGAGCAGAGAUGCAGCACAUCACCUAUAAAUUCUGGCUGCCACAUAUUCUUGGUGAAGAAGGCAUGCGACUACUCGGCAAAUACGAAGGCUAUGACCCACAGGUGAAUCCAUCUAUAGCCAAUGUCUUUGCAACUGCUGCUUUACGGUUUGGCCACACCCUAAUCAAUCCAAUUCUGCACCGUCUGAACGAAUCCUUCGAGGCCAUUCAAGAUGGCCACCUACCCCUGCACAAAGCCUUUUUUGCUCCAUGGAGAGUUGUGGACGAAGGUGGUGUAGAUCCCUUGCUCCGUGGUUUGUUUACAGUUCCGGCAAAACUGAAAACGUCUAAGGAAAAUUUGAAUAGUGAUUUGACGGAACGUCUGUUCAAAUCUGCUCAUGCUGUCGCCUUGGAUUUGGCAGCAAUAAACAUUCAACGUGCCAGGGAUCAUGCCAUUCCUGGUUACAAUGCUUGGAGGGCUUUUUGCAAUAUGACAGUUGCCAGGACUUUUGAUGAUCUGGCUGGCGAGAUCAGCAGCAGUGAGGUCAGACAGAAGUUAGAGAAAUUGUAUGGACAUCCCGAUAAUGUGGAUGUUUUUGUUGGUGGUAUUUUAGAAGAUCAGGCGAAAGGUGCAAGAAUUGGUCCAUUAUUCAGAUGCUUGCUUGUUGAUCAAUUCAGGAGAUUGCGGGAUGGUGAUAGAUUUUGGUAUGAGAAUCCGAGUACUUUUAAACCUGAGCAAUUGACACAGAUCAAGCAAGCGAGCUUGGGGCGAGUUUUAUGUGAUAACGGUGAUAAUAUCACCAAAGUGACGAAGGAUGUUUUUGUUUUACCAGAGCACCAAGAAGGUGGCUACGUCGAUUGCAAGAUUUUACCUGAGGUCAACUUAAAGGUUUGGACGGAUUGCGAGGAGUGUUCUGUGCAUGAUCGUCAAUUUGGCACAAGAACAUCUAAUCCAAAUUUGAGAAGACGGAAUCUCAGACGUCCAAGGCGAAAUGUCGAUCAUUCCAACACGACUACAGUUCGAGACAUCGACAUUGAUAGUUUUGAAAACGAAUUGAACGAAGAACGUAUUGAAGGCAUUGAGUCUAUAAUCGAGAAUUUUCAGAAGACUUUAAAGCAAAUGCGUCGAAAGAUCAGGAAAUUGGAACAAGAGUGCGCCCAAAAGCUGCCAAAACAUGGGCAUUGCAUAGAUUCCGAUGGAAACUGGAGAAUCAACAAUGAAUUAUGGAAUAAAAAUAGCUGCACACAAUGCACCUGCAAUCAACAUCAGAUCACUUGCACGACGACAAAAUGUCCUAAAUUAUCCUGUACGGAACCGUUGCAGGUUAAAGAGGACGAAUGUUGUCCUGUUUGUCCUGAGGCAGCUUAGAAAUUUAAAAAAAAAAACCUUAAACAAUAUUUAUUAGCCCAUCGUUGACAUUUUUAUCAUUCGACUUCAAAACAUUUGCAACCAUAUUAGAUAUACUAUUUAUAGCUAAUGAAAUUAUUUACUAUAUCUUUUAUUGCUUUUGAACCGUUUGCCAAUUUGAGUGAAAUCUUCUAAAUAUUUGUGCAUUAUUAAAUAAUCUAUGGCACAGUCUAGCACCCUAAUACUCUACAGUAACUAGGUAUGGUAUUAACCUGCAACAGAGGAAAUGUUUAAAGGUAAUAAUAUAAAUUGCAGUUUUUAAUUGUACUAUAUAUGGUGUGUU